AAAAUGGUAAUUAUGAAGAUGCUCAUGAUGUUAGUGGUGGUUGCAAUUUUAUUUUUCAGCCACCAUCAAGUGAUCGUGGCGAAAGAAGUCGUCCUGGUCGAUGAGAGAAAUGAGUCAUUAAGCUCAUCCCCAGCCCCCGCAACGACUUGCUCGGCUAAUAAUCAACAACAAGUGAAGACAUGCAUGUACGAGACAACUUCAAUCGAGGCGUGUUGCCCUGUAUUCAAAAAGAUACUUGGAACUAGUUGUCCUUGUUAUAAAUAUGCUGAGGAUUUGGACAAUCAAAUCUUGAUUACUCUUGAAGCUUAUUGUGAUGUUACUACCCCAUGCAAGGGUGUGCAAGUGAUUAAGCUAUCCAAGGAUGAGUAAAUAUGAAGUGUUUGAUGGUUAAUUAUUUCAGAUCUUGUUUUAGAUUAUUUUAAUCUCUUUAUGUUGAAAAGUCUCUAGCUAAUUAAUAAUUAAUAACUAUGUAAUUGCACAUUAGCAAUUUUAUUAGUACUAAUAAAGGUGUUUUUCUAUUGUUAUCCAUUA